AUGAACAAUGAAACCACAACCCUGAUGUCCUUGAAGGAGGCUAUGAAAAGAGUAGACCAGAAACUCCAAGUUUUAGAAGCACAGUUCAAAGAACUGGACUUUGCCAAGGAUAAUCUGACACAGAAAUUUGAACAUCAUAGCAAGACUUUGGCAAGCCAAGCAGCCCAAGAUGAGAUGUGGACAGCAGUUUUGGCACUUAAGUUCACCUCAAUGGAACUGAAUAUUUUAUACAGCUACAUCAUUGAAGUACUUACCUGUUUGCACACUCGUGUCCUUGAGAAGCUACCAGACCUAGUGAGAGGUCUUCCCACAUUAGCAUCUGUUCUUAGACGAAAAGUCAAGAACAAGCACAUUAGAGUUGUGUGGGAGUCUGUGCUGGAGGAAUGUGGGCUGCAAGAAGGAGAUAUCACAGCACUUUGUACCUUCUUUAUUGCACAUGGUAACAAGGCAGAACACUAUGCUACUAAAGUGAGACCGAUGUACAUCAGGGAUGUCACACUUAUGAUCACUAACAUGGUAAAGAACCAGGCUCUUCAAGAUGGUUUGCUGAGGGCUGUUCAGGUCAUUGAGAAGGGGAAAGCAGUGAGGACCCCUGAAGAACAAAAGUCAUUCCUAAAAGAGUUGAUACCAUCAGUCAAAAACUAA